UCGCCUGUGACCGGAUCCUCCGGGCGUUUUCGACACGCGCUCGUGUGGAGAUCAGUGGACUCCGCCUCCUACCUGCCACGCGCGCGCGCUUACCGCCGGAUCAGAGCGUUCACGGUCCUCCGCUGACAGCACGCACUUCAGCUAACUAUCUAAAACUGCCCUGCAAAGUUAGAUGUAAGGCUAAAAAGCGAACGCCCUUUGGCCAGUAUAACGCUCCCGUUUGUUUCAGUCCAGUGAAAUUCUUUAGCGUCGUGAACACUGAACGCUCUGGCACAAACGAGUAUGGACAGUUUCGGACUGUGCGGGGGAAAGAUGCUAAACGUCAAGAAGUUGUGGAUAUAAACGGACAGAAGAACAGAGCUCGUUCCUAAUAUCCUAUGGCUUGAAGUUUCAGGCUUCUUCCCUGGCCACAGCUCAUGGAUUUCCUCACGGAGUAUCCCUACAAUGACACUUAUUAUGACAACGGGACCGGGGCCCUCAACAGCACAAGCUGUGAGGCCAAGCAUCAGUAUAACUACUAUGCCAUGCUCCUGACUCUCCUCAUCUUUGUCAUUGUCUUCGGCAAUGUAUUGGUGUGUAUGGCAGUCUCCCGAGAGAAAGCGCUGCAGACCACCACUAAUUACCUCAUUGUCAGCCUGGCGGUGGCAGAUCUUCUCGUGGCCACAUUAGUUAUGCCCUGGGUGGUGUACCUUGAGGUGGUGGGGGAGUGGCGUUUCAGUAAAAUCCAUUGUGACGUGUUCGUCACCCUGGACGUCAUGAUGUGUACAGCCAGCAUUCUUAAUCUGUGUGCCAUUAGUAUUGACAGGUACACGGCUGUUGCCAUGCCGAUGUUGUACAACACACGCUACAGCUCCAAGAGACGAGUCACGGUAAUGAUCUCGGUGGUUUGGGUGCUUUCAUUCGCUAUUUCCUGCCCCUUGUUGUUCGGAUUAAAUAACACAGCUACACGGGAUGAUACCGUAUGUGAAAUCGCCAACCCCGCUUUUGUUGUCUACUCCUCCAUCAUGUCAUUCUACGUGCCCUUCAUCAUCACCCUUCUCGUGUACGUGCAGAUCUACGUGGUUCUUCGUAAGCGUCGAAAACGGGUCAACACUAAACGGAGCUGCCAGAAGACAGACGCUGAUGCUCUGCCCCCUCUCAAGGAAAAGUGCACUCAUCCUGAAGAUGUGAAAUUGUGCACAGUUAUCAUUAAGACCAAUGGGGGUUUACCUGCAAAAAACAAGAAAGCACAACUAAUAAAGGAAGUCCUGCACCAAGGUGGUGAUGUGGGGGUGGACGUUACUCCAUGCACCAGCCCUCCAGAGAAAAAGAAACUGGCAUCCACUCUGGUCGUCGAUCUGCUGGCCAAUCCAAGCCCCAUCCAUGGCUCUCCCUCCCACGGUGAAUGUCAGUCAAACGUAGAUGAGAAAAAUGGGCACGCCAAGGAGGUCCAGACCCCUAAAGAAGCCAAACCUGUUGAAACUCAGGCACUGCCCAAUGGCAAAACCCGAACUACAGUGACCAAAACCAUGAGCAAGAGAAAGAUAUCCCAGCAUAAAGAAAAGAAGGCUACUCAGAUGCUGGCUAUUGUUCUAGGUGUUUUCAUUAUUUGCUGGCUGCCCUUUUUUAUUACUCACAUUUUGAAAACUCACUGCACGAGCUGCGUGGUGCCGCUGGAAAUGUACAAUGCCUUCACUUGGCUGGGAUAUGUGAACAGUGCCGUCAACCCUAUCAUAUAUACCACUUUCAAUGUGGAGUUCAGAAAGGCUUUCAUAAAGAUAUUGCACUGCUGAGGACCUUAUUCGCUGCACGCAUAGACGAGGGGAGAUGGAGGAUUUCACAAGAGGUUAGUGCCAUCUUUCACCGCCAUGUGAAAUGAGGGAUUUACAAAGCCAUGCUUUUAGGGCAGAGCGGAAGAACUCAUUACAGAAAAUGGAGGUUCAAAUGAAUGUAAAGUAAAGUUAUAUUUGUGUGUCUCCAUUAUUUCUGCCAGUGCAUGUGCGAACCCGUUUCUUCUCUUUGGAACUGAAGUAUGAAUGUGAUUAAUUGUAGAAUUAAGGCAAAUCUGAGAUGAUUGGCAAUUGGAUCUCACUACAGAGACUUUUAUGCAAGCAGGGACCUGAAUGUCGUACAGUAAUUACAUCGUUAUAUCAAUUUAGUGGCGAGCAAUUGGUUACAAAAUGCUUACGGCUCUGUUCAAGUAUUUAUUUAAUCACCGAUCUGUUUCUUUGUUUGAGAACUUGUUAAUAAAGAGAUAGGUAUUGUAAAGACAAAUAAACAAGGUGAAAAUGCCAUUUACGGUUUUAUAAAGCCAGACCACAAAGAUACUAAAGGUGCACUCAGUAACUUUUUCUUUACGUUGCGCUGGUUAUUUUAAACACAUACUGACACCCAGGAGCCUGGAGUGCAGAAUUAUGCAAUUUAAAAGAACAGCUCACCUAAAAAUGAUCAUCCCCUGAAAAUGUACUCACCCUCAGGCCAUCCAAGAUGUAUUUGUUUCAUCACUGCAGCAGAUUUGGAGAAGUUUUUGAGCAUCGCCAGCUCAACAGUGGAAUUCACUGCCAAUGAUCACAAUAAAUUUAGAUUAUCGUGAUGUUUUUUAUCAGCUGUUUGGACGUUCUGACGGCACCCAUUCACUGCAGAGGAUCCGAUGGUGAGCCACUGACGCAGUGCAAAAUUUCUUCAAAUCUGUUUUAAUGCAGUAACAAACUCAAGUUUAUUGAGUAAAUUUGAACUAAACGUUUAUUUUUGGGUGAACUAUUUCUUUCAUUUAUCUAGGAAUUAUGUUAAUGAUAUGAUGAUUAGCCAAAAUAAAGUAGUAUAUUAUUUAAUAUAUUAUGUUAUAUAUUAAAACAUUUAUUUACAAAAAAACUGAGCGCACCUUUAAGCAAAUGGAAAUGAAUGCCUUUGACUUACCGACUAUGAAGGACAAUGUAAAUAUGAAUUAAAUAGUUUUAUUAAAGCCCAUGACAAAAAUGAUCAUGCAUGUUACAUUGGUACUUCUCAUAACAUUGCAGCCAAUGUAUGUCUAUAGUAUUUUUGUGUACAUCACCUGUACACAAACCUAUCUGAACUAUAUAAAGGUGUGUCUAUGUUUUUUCUGUCUGUUCACUGGAGUAAGUGUUUGAUUUGACAUGUGACAGUUCAUUUUUGUGGUUGAAAAAAAAAAUUAAGCACAAUUAAUUUGUGAAAAAUAGAAAAAAAUCUCCAGUAAUAAAAGCGGUGUCACAAUUUAAACUCGGCCAUAAAUAUCCACUGCUCACCUUUUUUGAAUCAGGCUUUGUGGAUCACACACAGUUUUGGUGCAAAGUGCUAUAUUAUACAGCAUGAUAAUGAGCAUUUGCUAUGUUGCAGGUGAAGGUUAUAACUGCACUACAAUUUAAGUUC